AUGAAGUGUCUACCUGUUUUGCUCCUGAUUGGUAUCGUUGGAUACAUGAUGAACCAAUUGUACUACACAUGGUUACCCAAAAAUUACAUCUUUGACCCACAAACAAUAAAUCAGAUCUGUAACACGGUCAUUGCUGCUCACAGUUCUACGGCCAACACCGAGGACUUCUCAGCUGAGACAUUGUUAAGAGACGUGAGAGAUGCCUUGGCUUCCCAUUACGGUGAAGAAUAUAUCAAUAAGUACACUCGUGAAGACUGGGUCUUCAACAAUGCCGGUGGUGCUAUGGGCCAAAUGUUGAUCCUUCACGCAUCCAUAUCAGAAUAUGUCAUUCUAUUUGGUACCGCAGUAGGAACAGAGGGCCACAGUGGUGUCCAUUUUGCUGAUGAUUAUUUCACCAUCUUACAUGGUUCACAAACUGCAGCCUUCCCAUACGAAACAGAACCUGAAGUAUAUUCUCCAGGGAUGACGCACCAUUUGCAAAAGGGAUAUGCUAAGCAAUAUAGCAUGCCAAGUGGAUCUUUCGCUUUGGAAUUGGCCCAGGGUUGGAUUCCUUGCAUGCUACCAUUUGGUUUCUUGGAUACUUUUUCAAGCACUUUAGAUUUGUACACUUUGUGGAAAACUAGUUACUUGACCGCUAAGGAUAUGGGGAAGAACUUGAUCCAGAACUGUAAGUUCUAG